AUGAGGGAACAACACUGGACGCAAGCGAAACCUUGGACAAUGAACAGCAUCCGGCUCGCUAUCUUCUGGGGAACUCUUGCGUGGGCAGAGGCAGGAGACGUGGACAAGUCCUCUUGCAACAUAUCUCUACCCUGGUCAGUUUCGAAGACAGACUACACCGACGUCUCGGACACUGUGUUUGAGUCCUUGUUUCAGUGCCCCGGUGACUUAAACGGAUGCGGGGACAGGACAUUACUUACGUGCCAGCAGGCCACCUAUGUGAGGACGUGCUCCUGCGCGUCCAACUGCAGAGUUUACCGUGACUGUUGUUGGGAGACGGGCAUCGACAAGGCGGAGGCCGACUUCCCGGAAUCUUGCUGCGUUGUCGUCGACCUUUAUGAGUCUGUCCGCAAGUUUCUCUACAUGGUCACUGGAUGUCUGCCGAGCUGGCCAAACGAUGAUGUGAGGGAAGCGUGCGAAAAGCCAGGACACUUCAACGAGACCUUCUACCAGAUUCCUGUCACAAGUUCCAGUGACAUUACUUACAAAAACGGAUACUGCGCCCUUUGCAACUACGACCUGGUGAACGCAACCUUCUGGAAUGCCACUGUAAAGCCUCCCUCAACCAAGGCAUAUCUCCAGCUCCCUGACAUAAUAACCAACCAACCUUAUCUGCACCUAAGGCCAUGCGGCGACUCUCCAAACGACACCUGUCCCGAUGGCACCCCUGAAAGCAUCGUUAGAAAAUGCAAAACUUUUUAUGCUCCGGUCAUCGUCUCCCAAGACCCAGAGAGUUCAGUGUAUCGAAAUGUGUACUGUGCCAUGUGCAACGGCGUCGACCUUUCCACUUUGUCGUGUAAAACAGCGGAGCAGCUAAGCAAUUUCUCUAUUAACUCCCGGCACCGGGGUCAUCACCGGCGACCCGGCCCAAAUUUAGUUUCUAUAUUUCACCCUGUGUUGAGAACUCAAAAUUGUUAUGUUCAGCAUGGACGCCGCUGUUUUAUCAAGACGCGUCCUAAACUGUUCCGGCGGCGGCAUGAUGCAAACAGCACCAACCAAACGACACGGAGGCACCAGCGCAGGCGUUUCUACACCGUCCAAAAUUAUCUCACGAUCGUUUGUGUCAGCUUGUCCAUCUGCUGCCUUUUCUUGAAGGUCGUUGUGUUCAGCAUCUACAAAGACGCCAGGAGUUUUUCGUCCAAGUGUACCUUAUGCCUUUCCAUCACCCUGCUCAUGACUCAGCUUGUCUUUCUACUUGUGAACAGCUUCAAGGUCUCACGCGCCGUGUGCACGGCGUCCGCCAUGUUGGUACACUACGGCUUCUUGUCAACGUUCUUCUGGACCAGUGUGCUCUCGUUCGACAUCUGGAGGGGCAUCACGGCCGUCAACCUGUCCUCUACGCGCAAGAGGACCUUGGCGUUGUACUGUGUGGUCGCGUGGGGUGCACCGAUGAUCAUCGUUACCGUUGCAGCCAUGGUCAACUGGUUGGCUCCAACAUCUCUGGUUUCACCACUGUACGGUGUCUCGAGCUGCUGGAUCGGAAGCAUCUGGGCCCAGAUAACCUACUUCUUAGCGCCAAUGGCUGUACUGCUGGUAAUAGGAAUAGUCCUCUACCUGAACACUGUUUUCUACAUCCGCAAGACUACAGGUCAUGCUCGAGACUUCGAGUUCAAAGAUGGAGUUCAGCAGAACCAACAUUCCCACAUGGCAUUGUAUGUACGAUUGGCUCUCAUCAUGGGAGCAACAUGGGGCGUGGGAUUCUUAGGUGUCUUUGUAGAUUCUACCGUGACAGAUAUUCUGGUCAUUGUGCUUGUAGGGCUUCAGGGUGUAUACCUUUUCUUCGCAUUUAAGGAUCACAAACACUUCUGUUCCUCUAUUUCGAAACGAAAGAUCAGUUCCAGCGCUGUGGGACAGUCCAACGGCACGUUCAGUACAGAGGAGCCGCAAAGCAAAAGACUUUCCUUGUAGAGUUGACUGAUUGGUCUUGUUGUAUACGGUUGCAUCUAAAGAACAAUUCGGCCUUCGCUGAUAUGAAGUCAGCGGACGCUGUAAGUACCCAACAGGUAAGGGCGUUUCCCAAUGUUUCGGAUCUCACCAGUGGCAGCCUAAAGAAAUAUCAAGGUGCGUUUAACCAGAUAU